UAAUCUGACGGGAGUCACGUGACCUGACGCGACUCCGGGAAGUGAUCAGAAUUAGAAGUGGUAAAGAGUGUAUAGUGGUUCUGGUCUGAUUUAAACUCUAACAGUGCACACAGUGAAAAGCAAGGGUAUUCCUUGACUUGCCGCGGCCACGCGACGCUGGGACUGCACUGCACGAACUCAUCCAUGUAAGUUGUUUCCGGUUUUUGACUUUUACGUAAAGGUCGAUCCAUGCUACGCUUGCGAUUCUCUCGUAGUUCUGUUAGCGAUAGCAGUAUUUUGAGCUAACUAAAAAUGUCGGACUCUGAGGAGGGAAGUGUCUAUUCGGACAAUGAGAGUGAGAGAGGAGGAAGACGAGGUGGUGGCAGUGAAAGUGGCCACUCUGUUAGGUCUGGCAAUGUCAGUGAAGCUGGUAGUCCAGCAAGGUCAAGAUCCAGGUCGCACAGCAUUUCCAGGAGCAGGAGUCGUUCGGUCUCCAGAUCCAGAAGUAGAUCUGGCUAUAGGUCUGGCUCCAGAUCCAGAUCAAGAUCGAGAUCUGGUUCACGUUCAGGGUCAGCGAGAGAUGAUGAGGCAGAGGAAGCUAAUUCUGAAGAGGAACCUGAGCCCGAGGAAGAGCCCGAAGGAGAGGACCUGGACGAAUAUGACGAGGAGGAAGAUGAAGAAGACGAUGACAAGCCUAGAAAGAAAAAGAGGAAACAUGGUGUACAGGAUUUCAUUCUUGCGGAAGCUGAAGUAGACGACGAGGUUGAAGACGAUGAAGAAUGGGAAGAGGGUGCCCAAGAAAUUGGUAUCGUUGGUAAUGAAGUUGACGAGAGUGGUCUUACAGCCAGAGAAAUUGAAGGUCGUAGAAGAAGAGGAACUAGUCUGUGGGACUCGCAGAAAGAGGAUGAAAUUGAAGAGUAUCUCAGAAAUAAGUAUGCGAAUGAGUCAUCGGCUGCACACCGUUUUGGUGAUGGUGGUGAGGAGAUGAGCGAUGAAAUCACACAACAAACUCUGCUUCCUGGUGUAAAAGAUCCAAAUUUAUGGAUGGUUAAAUGUCGAAUCGGGGAGGAAAAGUCUACUGUCUUGUUGCUUAUGAGGAAAUUUCUUACCUAUCAAUUUUCUGGGGAGCCUCUGCAAAUAAAAUCGGUAGUCGUACCAGAAGGCGUUAAAGGUUACAUCUACAUUGAGGCAUAUAAGCAACCGCACGUAAAAUCGGCGAUUGAGAAUGUGGGCAACUUGAAAAUGGGAAUCUGGAAACAGCAGAUGGUGCCGAUCAAAGAGAUGACAGACGUUCUCCGUGUAGUUAAAGAACAAACCGGAUUGAAAGCAAAGCAGUGGGUCCGGCUAAAAAGAGGAUUGUACAAAGAUGACAUAGCCCAGGUGGACUAUGUAGAUUUAGCUCAGAAUCAAGUGCAUUUAAAAUUAUUGCCAAGGAUUGACUAUACGAGACCUCGAGGUGCAUUGAGAACAGCACAAAGUGAAUCGGAAGCAGCUAAGAGAAAGAAGAAGAGGAGGCCACCAGCUAAACCUUUCGACCCUGAAGCUAUAAGAGCCAUUGGUGGCGAGGUAGCAAGUGAUGGUGACUUUUUGAUUUUCGAGGCUAAUAGAUAUAGCAGAAAAGGAUUUUUGUAUAAGAACUUUACAACCAACGCUAUUAUAUCUGAAGGCGUAAAGCCUACACUUUCUGAACUUGAAAAAUUUGAAGAAGCCCCGGAAGGGGUUGAUCUUGAACUCAGUGGUGCACCAGUGACUGGAGUUUCAACCGGCAAAGACGAUGCCACUGUAACGCAUACUUUCAGUACUGGUGAUAAUGUAGAGGUUGCUGAGGGUGAAUUGAUGAAUCUUCAGGGUAAAAUUGUGUCCAUAGAUGGUAAUAUGAUUAUGGUGAUGCCCAAACACGAAGAGUUGAAAGAGGCACUCGAGUUCCAGUCUACUGAAUUAAGAAAAUAUUUUACAAUGGGUGACCAUGUUAAGGUGGUAGCAGGCAGAUACGAAGGCGAUACAGGUUUGAUCGUGCGAGUCGAGCCAAAUCGAGUGGUCCUCUUUUCCGAUUUGUCGAUGCACGAGUUGGAAGUUCUACCUCGUGACUUGCAACUCUGUUCGGAUAUGGCCACAGGUGUUGACAGUCUUGGUCAAUUUCAGUGGGGUGAUCUUGUGCAACUUGAUCCGCAGACUGUUGGUGUAAUUGUGCGUCUCGAGCGCGAAAACUUCCACGUACUGUCGAUGCACGGCAAAGUCGUCGAAGCCAGACCACAGGGUUUGACAAAACGACGGGAGAAUAGAAACACAGUGGCGUUGGAUUCACAACAAAACACCAUACAGAAGAAAGAUAUAGUAAAAGUCGUUGACGGACCUCAUUCCGGACGUGGAGGCGAGAUCAAACAUUUAUAUAGGAGUUUUGCAUUUUUACACUCGAGGAUGUUCAUCGAUAACGGCGGUAUUUUUGUGUGCAAGACGAGGCAUUUACAACUCGCUGGAGGUAACAAAGCUAGCACGGGCUCGGCCAUUUCGCCAAUUGUUAGUGGAUUUAUGUCGCCGAGAAUAGCUUCACCAGCUCAUCCCAGCGGUGGUGGUUUCGGUCGAGGCGGUGGCGGCGGAGGAGGCGGCAGAGGUCGAGGUCGUGGAGGUGGUGCGCGUCGUGAUCGCGAUCUAAUUGGCACGACGAUCAAAAUCACAGGAGGACCUUACAAAGGCAAUGUUGGUAUCGUAAAAGACGCUACGGAAACAACAGCUCGCGUCGAAUUGCACUCCACGUGUCAGACGAUUUCCGUCGAUCGUUCGCAUAUUGCCAAUGUUGGCGUACCGACAAAAGACGGUGGAUUCAGCAGCUACAGUCGCACACCUGCCUAUGGUGGUGGUAGUCAGACGCCCAUGUACUCUGGUGGAAAGACACCCAUGCAUGGCUCUCAGACACCUAUGUAUGAAACUGGUUCACGUACACCUCACUACGGCUCGAUGACGCCAUCGCACGACGCUGGCUCCAGAACACCCGGACAGUCCGGAGCUUGGGAUCCAACGGUAACAAACACACCGGCACGUAACAACGACUUUGGUGAUUACAAUAUCGAGGAUGGAGGUUCACCGAGCUACGCUCCAGGUGGCUAUCCUCCAGGUCCAUUCACGCCGCAAACUCCAGGAACUAUGUAUGGUUCCGAACAGAGUUUUGGCCCUUAUCAAACGAGUCCUAGUCCAGUGGCUAGUGCAACUGCCAGUCCAAGUCCUGCUGCUUAUGGCAGCACACCUUCGCCGGCCGGCACUGGUUACACAACGAGUCCACACGGAGCGUUUGCUUCACCUUCGCCAAUGGGAUACAGUCCUAUGACCCCAGGAGGUGCUGGUAGUCCGUAUAAUCCACAGACUCCGGGUUCUGCCAUUGACACGCAUUCUUCUGGUAUGAUGGGCAUUGACUGGCAUACGACAGAUAUUGAAGUUAGAAUUAAGGAUUCUAAUCAAGACAGCGAUUUAGCUGGACAGCAAGGAUACAUAACAACUGUUUCGGGUGGAAUGUGCACAGUUUUCUUACCCCGCGAAGAUCGUUCAGUCAACAUAAUAUGUGAUCAGCUAGAACCUGUCGUUCCAUCUCAAAACGAUAGAGUAAAAGUGAUUAUUGGAGAAGAUCGUGAAUCGGUCGGUACUCUUUUGUCUAUUGACAAUCAAGAGGGUGUCUUCAAAUCUAAUGCAGGGGAAGUGAAAAUGUUGCAGUUGAGAUUUUUAUGCAAGAUGAGAUCAUCUUAAUCAAUUAUUGAUGACAUAUAAUCUUAUUGUUUUUUUUAGUUUUAUUCCUUUUAUUGUAACAUAGUAAUAAUUGUACAUUUAAAAGUUUGAAUAUCGCAAAUUUGCGUGUAAGUCAAAUGAAAUUCGAUUGUUUAGUGAUUUCAACCGACGCUCGAUUUUUGAGCAUCUUUUAACAACUGCGCUAUGAAAAAUUUUUACUUAGGAAUUCCAAUUUACUUUACAAGUAUGUAAAACAGAUUAAUUGACUGUCAAUUUUAAAUUAUUUUGUGUCUAUUUUUAUCAGACUUAUUAAAAGCAUUUUUAAAUGAGA